CACGCAUUUGGCUUGUGGACAAACUCGGCCUUUGGAAUCCCUACCGCGUUCCGGUUAGUUUGAGAAAGAUCGUGGCUACUUUCAAAAGGUUGUAAGGAGCCAAUUCACGACUCUUUCAGGUAAAUUGAAACGUUUUUCGAUGCUUCAUAGCGUAAAGCUUCGUUUUUUUGCAUGAUAGUGUCAAAUGGAGGCGUCAAUUUGCGCCUAUAUUGUAAUUUUUGACAGAUCGACAUAGCUUUUAAAAACAUGGCGACGUGAAGAAUUUCUGUGUGGCUUAUCAAAUGGUGUUAGUAUCUAACGAGGAUGUAAUCGUUUAUGCUUUCAGUUUUAGCGGGAAAACUGGAAAAUGAAAGCUAACGGUGGUUGUAAUCCAGGUGGUAAAGACAGAAAGCGCAAGAUUUGCGACCAGGCGGUGGAACAAGAGAGGUAAACUAAAUCUUCGCACUAUAAAUAAACGACCGUGUAGGUGACAGUGCAGUUAUUCAAGUUCACACUGCAUACUAAAGCACGCAAUUAAAGAAUUCAUUAUUUUAGCAACUUGUUUGCUCGUUUGACUGCAGUGACAUUUAAAUUACUGGGAGAUCUAGGAAAGGAUCAGAAGCGAACGAACCUAGUUCUUUUGCUGAUAGAUUCCUGUAUUUGAUAAUAAUCUUCUUAGUGUUCAGUUUUCGCCAUGUUAAUUUCCACCACCAUUGUAAAGCUUUGUGCUGCAGAAACUAGCCGUCAUUAAUCAAGACGGAGAUUGAAAAGAUCCCUCUUUUAGUUACCUUCACGUCAAUAAUUUUCGGGUCUUUUUACGCUGUCAAACAUUUACACGCUCGGAUGAUUUGUUUUGUAGUCCAUAGGAUUAUCAAAGAGUUCGAUCUUUUAUUUUUUUGCCGGGGCAUUUAAUAAAUGGUUUAUCGUGUCGAUAGAAUUCGUAAUGUAUAAUUUAUAGCCCGGAUUGAAAUUAUUUAGCUCUAAGAUAGCGUGAGGUAUAGUAGCAAUGCAGCGAAAAUGCGACACAUUACAUUGAAAGAGAGACGCAAGAACUAGCCUCAAUUUAAUUGCGUUAAAUGCUAGUUUAUGGUAUUUAAGGAAAAGUUUGGAACAUUAUCGUCUGCCUUUAGGUGGUGUUCGAUUGAAAUAUGGCAAAUGGGAGCAGCUGAACCAAUCAGUUUUCAUUGACAAAUAUUUUUUCAUCUACUUUAAACACUUUGUUCUUCUGCUGUUUACAAUGCGUUCAUAUUCCUUCAGAUUCGAGUUUCAAUAUAUACUCCAAGCGACCAAGCCCAAACGGCAACCAGCGCUAACGGUUUCAGUAAUUAAAGACUCUUUGUAGUAAGUGUUCACUGCAUGUUAGGAAGUAUGCGCUAACUCAAAACGUAAUACACCCUCUGGCAGUUUGACGGCCACCUUACCUUACAGCAUCACCCGAUCGCGUAUUACCUAAUUGAUCGCCGUCUCGUAUACCAUAAUUUUAUUGAUAUUUAAAAGCGUCAUGAUGCAGUAAAAAAUAUCUUCUUCGGAACCUCUUCAUUGGAUUUGCACAGAGCUCUGUAACUUGUGUACGAUGUCCUUGAAAUUUCAAUGCAAAUGUUUAGUUCCUUUUGUGAACUGAUUAAAUAUGUAAAUGUUUUGAAAGAGUUUCCUUUGCCAUGUGUUACACCGAUGAUAAUGAGGUUUUUAAACCCUUCCCAUGUGGAUGAUUUAUGUAUUUAUUCUGUAAGACGGAACCAAACGGGCUAUUUUAUUCCUAUUUAUCAUCCUGCAAUUUUAUUUUAUUUAGAGGGGUUAUAUUUUUUUUAUCUCAAAAUCUGUCUGCAUUGGAAGGCAUGGCAAUGUUUAUGAAUGUCUAGAGAGCAAAGUACAACAUUGCAGUGCAUUCUCAAAUAUCAAAUUAGACUAAGCUUUGAACUGGAAGAUAAUGUAAAAGAGUGAUGCAUUUUGUAAAGCAAUAGAUGAAUUCUAGUACCAACAGUGAUCUGUUCCAAUAUGGUGUUGGUAUGGGUCACGGAAAUUACUGACUGGUUACACUCAUGUCCGGUUAAAAAUAAAAUGGAUCAAUGACACAUGAAUUGAUGAUGAGUGAUGAAACUUCUCUAAGGUGGCAUUGGGUGAAAAUAUCUGAUUUUUCUUAGAUAUGAAAUUAUUAAUUUCUCUUUUACUAGAUCAAGAUUUUAGAAGUUGACCAGCCCAUUGUAUUAUCUGCCAAACAAUUCACUGAUAAUCUUUGUAGCUAUGUAGACAUAUUAAGUUCCUUAUUAGAUUAAGAAAUCAAAAGAAAAAUUCUUUUGACUCAAAUUGAGCAUAGGUUAGGAAUUGAUUUGUCUGCAAGAAGUUUUUUUUUAGGUCUGCUAACAGUCAUAUCUUUAACAGUCAUCCCAAAUGAUUUGCAUAGAGAUUAUCUAAAAGCAUACCAAUAGUAAUUUUGAUAUGACAUGUGUGUAGUGUUAUCAAAUUGUCCAUCUAAGAUUCCUUCCUUAAGCCUUUCUGACAAUUAACACACUUUCCACAUUGAAAUUUGUUAUAGAGGCUUAUAUAGACCAUCCCUUGAGCCUCAACUAAACAAUAGUGGUUUUAUCACUAAGAAGUGACUGCAUGGAAAAGAAUAUAACUGACAGUUAAUUUUAGAGGAAAGAUACCAAGAAAGAUAACUGUUCUAAUGGAGCUGGAUUAAUUUCAAUACUUCUGAAGUUGCACUAUAUUGACUCAGGAAAGAGCCAUGUGCAUGCCAGUCUCUCUUCAUACAAACUUAAAUUUAUAGUCAACCACAGUCUCAAGUGAUUAUUCCCACAAAGAAAGUUUCUCCCUAGCUCUGUUUUUACCAAAGUUAUUUCUGUAUAGCAGCAUACUGCUCAAUUGUGUUAAUUUUUUUAAAUUUACAUUUCUAAUAAAUGUGGUUAUGGUCACGCAACUUAUUGCUAAUUGAAAUUAAAGACAAAUACACACAAAAGAAAUAUAAACCAAGAUUUUGUUUAACCUAUUAUUUUGGGGUGCCAGUAGUGUAGUGUCAGAACUGAAUGGAAAAGCUAUACUUUGUUUAGGGAAUUAAACAUUCUUGGAAUAACUUCAGCUUAGAUUGAUGCUCUGGUCAAAGUUUUAAGCUAGUUCAAAUGCUUACUCAUCUGUUGAAUGUUUUUAUUCAUUCCUUGGAUUGUUAAACUGCCUUGUUUUGUGUCUUUAGAGGUAAAAGGAUCUUUGUUGAACUUGCCUGCUUGAAGAGUAUUCAGUAUAACCCAAUGAACUUUGAAGUCUAUUAAUCAUUCAAUUUUUUUUCUUUCUCUGUCCUUUUUAAAUGUCAUACUGGACUGUGCCCUUUGAUUCUUGGGAGUUUUAACAGAUGUUUGCAUUAAAGACGUAUUUGUGGAACUUUUGUUUUUAUUUUGUGCAUGAGUAACUCACAUUAAGCUUAGAAGUCCUUUAACUUAAUUAAAGUUCCAUGUUAAAUGAAAUUAAAAAUGGUUUUUGAGAUGGCUUCAUGCUAAGAAAUUUGAAAGAAUGACAGUGAGGGGUGUGUAGUAAUUGCAGUUAGUGUUGCAAGCCAUGGGAUAGUACCGCCAAGAACUACUCAAAAUAACUCAAACUGUGCAAUAAUUAUUAGUCGAUGAUAUACUCUAUUUUUGUUAUGUUAUAUAAUACAUCAAGUUCCGAUCUUUGACAUUUCAGUCAACAAAAUUAAAUUGUGCCCUAAAGUCACUAUUGUAACAUGUUAUACAUUUAGUAGUAAAAUUAUUUUAUUUUUGCGUGAUGCAAACUCUUUAAAUUUUGGUUAAUCGGAUGUUAUGUGUAAUUCAAAUUAUUGUAUGUGAACACAGGAUGAAAGUUCCACAGAGUGCAUCAAGGCGGCACAGAGAAAAGAUAAAUGCAACUUUGGAGGAGCUUGGCAGUCUUCUCCCGCUGCCAGAAGAUGCCAGAUCAAAAUUGGAUAAACUGACAGUUUUGAAACUAUCUGUCAGCUAUUUCCAAACUCAAAAUUAUCUUCAGUCUGGUAAGUUCAACUGCAUCCUUGAAGUACUUGUUUAUCGCUGUUGGCUGCAUCCUACGAUUAUUACUGGUGAAGAUUAAUCAAUUACUUUCGGAAAUAGCAUGACUAAAUGCUAUGGAAAUCCUCUUAGUUCCAUAUUAAGCAGCUCUUGAUGGCCAGGAAGUUGUUUGCAACGAGAAGGAGUGUCUGAAAAUGGAGGAAUUAAAAUGAUACAAUAAUACCUAAACUAUUCCCUGACUAGUAACUCGUGAGGUACAUGUUCACUGUAAACCAAGAAAGACACAGUGACAGUUUAAUUCAAGCACAGCAUGGAAUAGGAUGCAUUCUCAUGAAAACCACAUGACAUGGCUAUCACUCUGUAUUGGUGAUAAUGGUUGCAAAUUCACAACCUUUCAAUGACGAUGUAAUGAAUAUUUUUUCUAUAAUUAGCUGCACCUUGACAUAAUAGUCACCAUUUUGAGAUGGAGUUGUGUCCAGUCAGGAAGAGGCAGAGAGGGGGGGAGUGAGGCAGGCUCAAAUAUCCCCUUCCCCACUCUAUAACCCUUUGCCAAAUAUUAAAAUGUAUGUUUUUUCAAAAAUUCUGGAGAUCUUUCAGUCUUCUUCAGCAUCACCUCACUGUUGACAGUUUGACAUUGUUUCGUAUUGGCUUAUUUCAGGUUCUUAUAGAUAUCGUAGACCUUGCCAGGUGUCCUUGAUGAAAAAAUUGCCAAUGUGCUAUUUGGAGUGUAACAACCAUGAGUUACAUUUAUAUACCAAUGGAAAGAUUAAGAGAUGUGCUCUCUGGCCAAUUUUUUGUUUUGUUUUAGUGUGAUGUAGGUAAUACUAUCUCAAGUGAGGCAAUCAGGUAUCAGAUCUGAUCAAAUUCACAUGUGAUACUGAAAUCAGGAGAUUUAUGCAACGGAAAGCAUUUUCUGUUAUAUCAUAAUUGGCUGUUCACACUUUGGCAGACUGAAGAAUGAAUAUCUUUUGGUAAAAACUUCAGUGCUUUUCAAUAUUUUACCAAUUGUGUCCUUGGAAUCUGUUUUUAAAAUAGUUUGACUUGAAAAAUUUUUAAGAAAUUGUCAAAAAAAAAAACUGUGGUAUACCAUAUCCUUAACUGGGUAAUUUAGUAUUAUCAACUGAGUUGAUAACAUAAAUUGGCCACCAUAAAGAGUUGAAAAGCUGAGAUUUCAAGCUUAGUCCUUCGUCAGAGCAAAGGGUGAAGGGCUUAUGCUUGAAACAUCAGCUUUUAAACUCUUUGUGGUGGCCAAAUACUAAAUUACCCUGUUAUACUCUCCUACCAUUGCAGCACCACAGUUUCUUUAGAAACCUACUCCCUUAAGCAGCUUUAACUUAUUUGUAAAACCAAGUUUAUUUUCCUUCUCAGGGAAAAGAAAGAGACGUGUGGAUGAUGCAUCUGUAAAUGAUAUAACCAAGAAACUUGAUGAGAUGAACAUAAAUGUCAGUGAUAUUUCAUUGGAGGUAAGUGUUUUUGAUUUGUUGCAGGUUUUAAUGUUAUUUCAUGGGGCACCAUUCAUGAAAUUCUUCAAAAAAUGAAUAAAAAAGAAUGAAAGGAAUGACAAUCAUUUGGGUUUUUUUUUAUCGAGGUUUUCCUAAACAUUGCUCUUUGGACUUUCUUAAGUCCCUAUUGUCUGUGGUUAUGGAGUUAAAAUAACAAGCCAUUUACAAUGCUAGUAGGUGGUGUUAUGCAUAUCCAGAGAUGAUUCAGGGUUGGUAAUGUUAUCGCAUCGGGGCUGUUGGAGUUAAAUAGCCCCCUUAUGCAUUUCAGGCCAUCUACUUUGUGUAACUUCACAUUUUACAAGCUUCAUGAUUGAGAUAGCAUGAUUUAUGUCGGCAUUAGCUGAUCACGUCCUUGUCUUGUGAGGAAAAAUUAUUCUACCUUUUAGAACACAAUUUGGUCUUCCUCAGGUUAUUCUUAUUCAGGCAAUUAAUUAUCAAUCUAUGAAUUGAUGGUGGAGGUAACAAGGAAAACCUAUGGAAGUUUUCUUUUGCAGAUAGGCAGUUUUAUGAGUUGUUGUAUGUAACAUGAGCUUCAGUAUCCAUCACAUUUUACCACCGAGAACAUCUUUGUUGACAAUAUUUUCCUCUUAGGAUGUAACAUCCUCAAUUACUGCUCCUUAAGCAGAGAAGAGUCAGAAUUGUCCCUAUCAUGAUUAUUGGAUGGGGUGUCUGGAGUUAAACCCCAAGUGGCCUCUGCUGAACAAAUAGAUUCAAUAAAUUUUUUUUUCACUUCAAAAAAUUUACAAGAAGUUAAUGUGGGAUCAGGAGUCCCUCUUGAAUUUUUAUCUCUCUCUUCUGAUGGGCAGUGGCGGGUUGAUCAUGAUUCAAAGAUCUACCGCUGUAUUUCUCUUAAACUCUGUCUUUCCCUUCAUUUGCUUGGAUUCAUUAAGUGGGUUACCAUCAGAAACACUAUUGGCUCUAUGGAAUUUUUUGAUGAUGGAUAAUAUAUAUUUUGUCUGCCCUGUAUUAUAUUUUGAAUUCCUUUUACCUUUUUUGAUAACAUUUAGAUAAAAUUGUGACAGCUUUGUUUAAUUACUAGACACAUUUGUGUGUUUAGAGAAGAGCUUUUUAAACAUUAAGAAUGUGAUAAAUAACAAAGAUCAACUACCCUCAAAAUUCAGUAAUUUGUCAAAAUUAUUUGCAUGAUUUAUUUUUCAAAUACAUAAAAUUCAAAAUUGAAAAUUUGUUAUCAAGGUGGCCAAAAAAUCAUUAUUCAUCUCACGUUUGCCCAUUAACAUGAAUUAAAUAUAUUGGCACUUGACAUGGAUAGGUACUUUCCAUUAAAUUUGCCAAGAUGAAUGAUCAAGCUGUAUAUUGUCUCAUGUUUUUAACAUUAAGAAAAAUGAAAAACGGCUGGUACCAAAAUUAAUGAAGUUCAAUUGUUUUAUAUUCAUUGCUUAAAAAGAAGUUUAAGAGGGCGCGAUAACAGACUGUAUGAUGAAGCACUCGGCCAUAACCUUUAGUUGUUUUUAGUGAUAUUUCAUUGUUUCUGAUAAUUUACAUGUGAAUGAGUAUAUUUUUGCUGGUGAUUGGACCUAAAUUUAGAUGAAGAGAGAAAUUCAUGUUUCUAACCUCCUGAUGCGAGAUACUCUUUAAUUUUUGCCUAAAUUAUUUCUGCCCUUAAUUUCUUUUUUUUUUUUUUUCACAGAGGUAUUUUUGCCCUUAUUUAUAUGACUAUUUCCCUCUGUAACAAUGUAAAAAGCUUAGGAUUUGAUUUCAAGCUAGUAUGUUUAUACUGAGUUUAACUCAUGAAGCAAAAGUCAUUGUGAUCCUUUUUGAUGGGAGGGUGUUGACUUGAUUUGAAAUUCAUGGCAAUCAACUCUGUAUUCAAAACAAGUGGAUCUAAUCGAUCAAAACAAAUCAAGCAUGAGCUGUGUAUGCACUGUUGUUGCGGUGUUAGAUUAAGUGACUGAAAUGCUACACAAAUCUGGCGAAACAAAUGUAUUUGUCAAUAGUUCCAUUUUUUUAAGAGCAUGUGGAGACUUUCAACUCCACAUGCACCGUGAAUAAUUGAGCCUGGCAAGACUUCAAAACAAGCUGUCAGGCUGUCGCAGUCAAGGGUCAAACCCAACAAACCAUGCAAACAUUAGUCCUUAUUUUUAGCAAUGGUUUUGAUUAGACUCCUGAAAUAAACUAUGUCAUGAGUUGUUUAUGUUAAAAAAAUGUAGUUCAAAAUUUUCAAGUUCAUCAUUUUUUAAUUUUUCCAUCUUUAGGCAUUUUAAUUCCUUCUUGGUGUCUUCCUACUUGUUCUGCAUUUCUCUCUACCAGACUAAUAUUUAAAAGUCUUUAUAUGUAGUAAACUUAAUUGAGGUUUUCACAAGACAGGAAAAAAACCACAAAAUAUCAUGUACUCAGCUGCUUCACAAAUUGCUCUUCUUUUUGUCUGUCAUGUACUGAACUUUGAAACGCAUGAUUAAUUAUUCAUAAAGGUCACAACAGAUCUGAAUGGCUUGCAUGCCCAAAAAAAAUAUUUUUUGCUAAUUUGAACCGUAGCAAGCUCAACCAAAAGUACUUAGCCCUUUACGCCGAACAUCAGUGUUUAUAUUCUCCAUAAUCUUGUCCUUUCAUUUCCUUUGGUACUGACAUGGAAAAUUCAUUUAACAAUCAAAACUUUGUAGGUUGGUGAUCACUUUCUUCAUUCUUGUGGUCAUAAUGAUUGAUUCAGCAGUAUAAUUUGCAAGAGAAAUUAGGUGCUGGUCACCAAGGGUGUAAAUGGUUAAGGAAAGGUGCAAGGCAGAGUUUUCAAACAAGACCGACUCCCAUUGCUGGGAGAGCAUAUUGUAAUUUCAGUCGCAUUAAGGUGUACCUUAAUGCUAUCCCACUGUUGGAAGAGCAGAUUGCAAUUUCAGUUGCACUAAGGCUCACCCUCUGUUUGUGAUGCUACCCAUCACAUAUUAUCCACACUCAGCAUUUUUUCUGGGUUUCCAUGACAUUUCAUCUGCAAUGAUAUGUUUGUAUGCUCUUGGAAAGACUAACACUAUUUGAGUAAUGUGUCUUGUUCUUGUAAGAGCACAUCACCAUCUCAGACAGAGCUCAAGCUUACACCUUGUGGUGUAUAGUCUUGUGCACUAACAUAAGGGUGUGGGAUAUCCUGAGACAUAUCAUGUACCAAUGACAAAUACUGCUGAUUCAGACAGUUAUCCACACCCAUUGUGAAGGCAAGAAGCUCUUAACCCUCAAACUUGUUGACGUGAUCAAUGUUUAAGUUCUCCAUGCAAUAUCAGUACAUUUCUUGCAAGAAAAUUUAGGGGGAAAUGUUUGCUGCUUGAGGAGAGAAUUAUGAAAUAUUGUAGUUAGAGGCUAAUAGAGGUAACUGGUUAGUGUAAGGCUAAGAGAAAAAGGUCAUAGAAAGCGAGAAAAAAUAAUGGCAUGUUUUUGUGUUGUUAUAAUUCCUCUGAAUCUCUGUUCUUAAAGUGAAACUGAUCCCCAAUUUGACACUUCUUACUCCAGGAGCCAAGCCAGCAUAUUACAUUUAUAGGUAUAGGUUUGUAUAUAUAUGAUUUAAGCAUCAAGCAUUUUUGCUAUUUAAAGAAUCAAAAGCAAAUUCCAGUUGACCUUCAUUGAAGUCAAAAUUGGGAUAAAUUCAAAUCAGUCACUCAAGUGAAUGUUUUACCCAUUGUAAAUACUUUGAGUGCAUGAAGUGGUCAAUUUGUCAGUUAUUUUUGGAAAAUCAUAAUUUGCCAUGAAAAACAAAUAAGCAAUGGGAUUAAGAGAAUUAGUAUUGAUUACAGGAUGAGAGUGAAACAUAACGCUAAAUUUGUUGAGGGAAAGAAGAAUUUCUCGUCGUAAAUUGGAAUCGUAAGAGAUUAACCUAGAUUUCAAUUUAAACUGAAGACUAAUCUAAAAGAAGCGGUUUUCCAACAGUGAUUUUCAAGUUCAAGUUCACGGAUAAUUAGAUCAAGAUGCGUUUCAGACAGGAAAACAUCAUGCACUGUCUGACAUUUGAAAUUAAAAGAAGUUUCUAGAGUUUAUUGUCUGUUAUGUUAAUUGCGUUAUGUAAGAGACCUUUCAUGCAUUUUGUCAACUUCCUUUAAAAAACAUGUGAAUUUUGGUCAACUGUGUUAAAGAUUAUGACAUAUAGACAGUUACAGUAGGAUCACUUUUUUUUAAAAUCUACUUAAAGUAGCUCAUGUGGACAAUUUACCAUUAACACAUUUCACUUACUUCACUCUAAAUGGCUUCCAGGUGUGACUGUUUAACUAGACUCUAAAUAUAGGCCCCUGAAAACUUUUGAGUGGCUUGUCUUUUGUUAUUUGCUAAUUUGUGAUAAAUAUAGGACAAAUUUGGAGACUUUUUUAUAGGUUUUAAGUAUUCUUAACAAGUUUAUUUUCAAAUUGCUGCAGGGCAUUUUGCAGUUGCAGUUUACAUAACCACAGAUGAUAUUUGUUUCCAGAAACAUCUUACAAGAUGUCUUUUUUUACUUAUCGAUUAGCUGAAAAUGCUUAGAGAUGAUCAGCAUGAUGAUGCCUCCAGACACUUGUUCCUGAUUGCUGGCCUUAAAUGACAGAUAAACUCACAUGCAUAGGCACCUAAACUCAUGUUUUGCAGCAUGACUAUGCAUGUUUGAAAUGAAGUUCUUAAUUUACAUAUUUUUGCAUUUCAUGAUGGUGGUUGCUUUUGUCAUGGUUUCAUGGUUUACCAUUACUCGCCUUUGCAAACAAAUUUUUGUUCAAAGCAAAUGAUUGACCAAAACUUUACAGCUGAACCUGGAAAGAAAAUGGUUGCUCUUCACUAAUUUACUGAUGAAAGCUUUUUUUGAAUAGUAUUUAAUUGAUCAUGUUUAAGACUGAAAGCUGUUUGCACCUGUGUUGCCUAGCUUGUAAAUAUUCUCUUGUUAUAUAUGAAUACAACUAAAAUCGUUUAUAUUGGUGGUAAAUGUGUCUAGAGAAGUUUGGGGUUAUAAAUCCAUCAUAUCUCUUGGAAAAAUAGAACAGGAAAUAAAGAAGGAACUUAAUUUGCAAUGCUGCGAGCCAAUUGCAAGGAUUCUAAAGUAGGUGCAUAGAGUUAUUAAUAUCUGGCAGAAUGCUAAAUAUCUUUUUAAUCUUGCUAUGAUCAUCAGGCCUUGGAUUCCUUUUUCCUGGUUCUGUCAGAUACAGGAGAUGUCUUCUUUGCGUCAGAGAAUGUCUAUAGAUAUCUUGGAUACACUCAGGUAAUUAAUGAAGAAGAUAUGAUUAAAAAAAAAAAACCCAAAAAGAUCACUUAACCCUCCAACUCCCAGAUCAAAUUUGUAAUUCCCCUUAUUGUCAACCAUACAAUUAUUGUAAUGUUAGUUCAGAGAAUUUAGUAUUGGAUCAACUAAUCCUAAACUUGAUAUUUUUCUUUAUUCUCAUCACUUAUCUGGUUGAUGUUGUAUUGAUAUUGUAAGGAGAAAUUCUGUCAUGGUCACUCAUGGGAGUUAAAGGGUUAAGGUAAAUUAGACACAGUAUGAAACUAAAACUCGUGCAAGAAACAAAACUAUCCUUGGAAGGUUGUGAUACCAGGCCUUAUAAGUAAGCAAAGUUUAAAAAAAGGGGCCCAGUUGUUUGUAGGACUGAUAAUGCCAUCUAACCGAUAAAUCACUAUCCAGUGGGUAAGGUUGUGGUAACAAAAUACUCUGUGCUAUCCAUGAAUAAAUCUUAGCAUUCACCACCCUUCAAGCAACUAGGGCCAGGCUUUAAGAAUGAGUUAAGCUCCAGCUUAAGGGGUUUGAAAUUAAGAAAUACAUAUACUAUUAUUAAAGAGUCUGAAUGAAGAUAAUUAGGGUGCAAUUUUUUGUCAUUUUUGGGUGUUCUAUUAGCUCAGGUGAAGGGGGAAGGGGAAAAACCCCGAUGCAGGAGAGAUGGGAUGGUUGAAGUCUCUUUGAAGGAUGAUGAUGGUUAGCUCAGUAGGAGUCACACACACUUCUCUCUAUUUUGUGAGGUUUAAUGUGUUAGAAUUUCUUAUCAGCAUCACCCCAGUAGGUAGCAAGAGUUUCCUCCCCCUCUCCACAUCUUGCCUCCAUGCAAGGGUUACAAACAUGAAAUCUACCCAGCCCAAAUAGUUUGAACUCUUUAGGAAGUUGCAAUAACUUAACAAAGUCAGAUUAACUCUAUCAGUGGAUGUUCACUGGAGCCAUGAAGACUUACCAGUUAUGCCUGGGCUGUUAUUUUGUUGAAGACUAAAUGAAAUGAUUCCUCUUUCAACAGACAUUUUUGAUGCACCAGAAUUUCCUCAAUUUUGUACACCAGGAAGAUGUUGUAGGAUUUGAAAGAUGCUUACGACGGUCUGCAAGAGCUGUGAGUUAUCUGUCUUAUUAAUCAGGACCCAGUUGUAUAAAGGGCAGAUAAUGCUAUCCAACAGAUAAAUCACUAUUCAGGGGAUAAGUGAUGGCAAAAUGUAUAGUGUUAUUCACUGAAUAGAGAUUUAUCCAGUGGAUAGCGUUAUCCAACCUUUGAACAACCAAGCCAGGUUUUCCUUUCACAAAACAAACAAUUCACAUUGGACAAUCGUAAAGGAUUCUCUUUUCAGACAACACUAUGAAAUUUAAAUUUGGAGAAUGUAGUAACACUGAAUGUUUGAAAUAUUUUAUGUAUUAAUCCCCCAAACAAAUGUGAUUUUAACACACUAUCCUGUGAGCUUGCAAUGAGAAUAGGCAGGCUUAUUAGCUGAAGGGUGUUAUCUUGAUCCAAUGCCAAAUUAUUUUGUCUACUUUACAAGGAAAUGGUGGCAUCCAAAAGGAGAAUUUUCUUUUAAGAUCAGUGGAGUCAAAGGGCUAAAUACCUCACCCCCCAACCAUCUUAGGAGACUAAAUGUUGGUUUGGUUAAUGUGAAGCUUUCUUACUCCUCACUGGUGCACAUCUUUUAGGUUGCGUGCUCAGUAAUUACUUAGCUACUGUGCACAAGAUUUUGACUUUUUUUUUUUUAAAAAUUGUUCUCUUAUUUGUUCUUGAGUUUGGUCAUGUCAGUGAUUAAGACGCAAGGGAGGGAUGGCUGGGGGCUCAAUUAUUCUCUCCAAGCUUACUUAAGGAAGCUAUCAUACAGAGCCUGAAAUAGUGAAAUAUCAAAUGGCAAGUUUGUCCUGUGAUAAAUACUUCAUUUCGCUAAGUUUUUGUACUUAACUAACUGACCCAUUUAUCUCUACUUUUUUUUUUUGAAGAGAAUUGUCGAGUUGGAAAACGGAAUGGGACUUGAUUGUCAAGAAUUGGAAGGUAUCAACAUUGAACUCUGUGUGAAAUUCUCCAGUCUUAAUCAGUAUUCAAUUUACCAGUAAUUUUACAGAAGUUUAUUUUUACACGUAACGAAUGUGGACGUUUUUAGCUUCUAACAGCAAAUCAAGAACUGUUUUGAAUAAAGCUUUCGUCCCGAAUUAUUUCUCGAUCACUUUCGUCUUGCUUUUUAGUUAAAGAUAAUUCCGUGUAACAUAAAUUAUCUUCACACACGGACAAAUUUGCUUAUUUACUUUGAAAUCCGAUCCGUGUACCUGUUUGUUUCUCCAAAUUUUAACUUUUGCGUAGGCACGUGUUACGCUUAGGUGUGAAUGGGUUAAAGCAAUUUUUGGGAACCAAUCUCUAACUGACUGUAUAAGGAGUUUAGGCCUUUCCUAACAAAAUAGCUGACACGAAAAACCACGCUAGACUCUAGAGUCAACUGGUAACUCAAACGCACUCCGUAACCUGUGAUUACUUCUAGUUUUAAAAUUUUAUUUAUUUUUUAAUGAAUUUGAAAAAUGUCCAUAACAUCCCAGAUUUACUUUCAACGCCGAAGUGAAAAUUACUCUUGAAACCUAGUCUAUUGUAGAAAAAAUCAUUAAAAGUUCAAGAGCCUAAAUAUAACUUUAACAAUCUUUGUUUCCAGAACAACCAAUUCCUCAAUUGUGCUUCUGCAGCAUCAAGUGCCAUGCAGGAAGACAGUCAAGCCACGUUAGUCCAUUCUACUAUAGGGUAGGUAGUUACAGUAGUAAAACACGAAGCUGUGGUAAAACUUGUUACACGAGUUGUAGUUUCGGUAAUGCCUCCGUGGCAUUAGAAGUUUAGUAUCCCAAAGUCACAAUCACAGGUUUUCUUUCUUUAAACGCCACCGUUUUUUAUUUUUUUUUUAUCCUCUCACACCUUUUCUAAGAAAAAACACUCCUUAAAAGCGACAUGCACGACUGCAAUCGUUUGUUGUGUCAAUCAAACUCAACUACGUUCAGGCUCAGUCUUCAAUAGUAGUAGCUCAGGCUUUGGUUGUUUGAGGGGUAAAUUAUGCUAUUGGAUGGAUGAAUCGCUAUACAGCGGAUAAGCGUUAACAAAGCCUACUGUGCUGUCCACUGGAUAGAGAUUUAUUCAGUGGUUAGUGUUAUCCAUCCUUUGCAUAACCGGGGGGAAGUGAUGAUAGAAAUGUGCCUGCUCUGAUUGGUUCAGUGUUGUUAAAGGUAUUUUUAAUAUUAAUUCUUAUUGUUGGUGUUAUUGCCAAAUCUUAAACUUGGUUCAAGACCCUGUUUUGUGUUAACCCUCAAACUUCAAAAGGGAUUUACAUGAAACUUCUCCCUAUAAUAUCCAUACUUAAUCCAGAAAACAGAUAAUGAGAAUACCCAAACUUAUUGGGUAGAGGUUGUUGCCUUGAUUUAACACCAAAUUCUCAUAACUAAGUGACAAGGAAAUGUGUUACAGUUAUAGGGUAGAAUUAAGAAUCAGAUUUUAGGAGCGAAAGGGUGAAUGUGGUUCUUAUUUUUCGAUCAUCACACAGUCAUUUAAAUUUGACGGAAAAAUCAAGCCUCUACUGAAUGGCAAGAAGAAGCAGUUUGGAUUAUUUGCUCUUGUUACUCCAGUCAACCCCGCCAAUCCAUUUACCAGUACUCCUAAAGAGUUGCUUCAGUUGUACAGUUGUAAGAUGGGACUAGAUCUGAGGAUACGCAAGCUUGACACAAGGUGUGUUUCAUAUUUAAAUCCAUGUGGCAGAAAUUGUUCCGAAGUCCCUUACAAACUAGCCUGUACCACUGAAAUUCCAAGGAAGAAAGGACGAGCGAAAUAGCUGGAAAAAUUCCUGGCGAAAAACAAUGCUGGACGGUUUUAGGAGGAAUCAGCAGUAGGAUGAGAAGCUCUCCUUCUCUUCUCCCCCCAUUUUUGUUUACUCUGACGCUCUUUCCUUUUUUCACCUGCCUAUCUUUUCGCUUGUCUCCACUUUCCGAAACUCUUUGGUAGCACACUCUGCAUUUGCACUUUCCUGUAGGCAGCCAUGAAAAUCGUAGCCGCCUGAUAAGGUCUUAAAAUUGCGUGACCUAACAGUUAGGUUGUAAAUGAGUUUCAAGCUGAAGGUCAUAUAGACAAGCGGAAAUCUUUUCCCAAUACAGGAAACUAACAACUUGACAGUAAUGAAGUUCCUUUAAGAACCCCUUGCAGCGUUGCACUUUGGGGGCUUCUUUAAAGUGUUUUAACUUAGCUUUACAACUUGUAUUCUAUUGCUUAUUCAACGCAAUGUUGACAGUUAGUGUUUUAUUUCUGUUUGUGUCGACAGAGGACAGAAAUCUUUAUUUUAUCCUGAUAAGGAGGCUGUAAAUAUGACUAGUUAUAUGGUUGCUCAUCCUGACGAUAUCCCAAGUCUGAUGCUGGCCCACCAACAAAGUAAGCACUCUUCUGUUGCCGUAGAGGGGAUUUUAAUUUAUCAUCGAUAGUUGUCCGCAGUUGUAUGCGUUUGUUUCUUAGACUUCGUGACAGCUGUCGUUUGGUUGCGUCAAUCAAGGUGUUCGAGAGAGAAAGCGUUGCUUGAUGCGACCAACUAAUGUUUACUAAGGUGACUAUUUAAGUCUCUGGCUCUUGUGAAUGGACAGUGUACGCGCUACCCUCUCGAGCAAUCACGAGCACUCUGUGAUGGCCGAGAAUACAUUUCCAAAGGAGUAGCACCCCUAGGCACUUCUUGCUACUCAAACUGGGGUGAGUUUUGAGAACUCGAGAGGCGCUGUGAUAUACUGACUUAAAUCGCAGAGAGGUAUUUAACAUACACAUUUUUUUUUGUCAUUGUAGUCACAGCUACAGGAGUAUGUGAAAUAGUGUUCAGGCUUACAAAUGGUCAAGGAGUAUUCCAGUGGAUCAGAGGGAAGGCAAGGACUCUGUAUGAUAAGAAUAACAAGCCAGAGGCUAUUACUGCUGAUAAUGUUCUUUUGAAGUGAGUCGAACAAUUUUCUUUUCCUCUUUUAGUUUUGGUUUAAAGUGAUGUACAGGGCACUGACUCGUCACCAGUCCUCUUCUUUAUUUGCGCAGUGUGGGAGUGUGACUCGUGUGGGAAUGGGACUUACGUGGGAGUGUGAUUCUCGUGGGAAUAUGAUGCGCCUGUGAGAGGGGAGGGGAAGAGAGGGCUUUUUCCAAGAUGGUGGACGGUUGAAAAAUGGGAAACAGACCUUCUCCUUGUGCUAAUUAUAAAUCAUAACUACUCCCUUAUAGGGGUGUUUGUAUAGGAAGAUCUUCUAACUAUAUUGUCCACAGUGCAAGGGAUUCGACAUGAAUUUACCUUGCGUCUGCUUUAAAUUUCUCAUUGAGUUUCUCGUAAAAUUUUUUUACUUCUUUCAGCGAUGAACAAGGACCAUACUUCAGAAAGGUUUGUUAUGAAGCGCUCCUUGAAUGGAAGUCUCGUCAGAAGUCUCUUCCUUCGGUUCCCGGUGAGGAUGACCACAAUGCAAGUCUGAAGGUAAUUAGUCAAGAAAAAGGGCUUAAAACACCACCACCACCACCACCACCACCACCACCGCCACAAGCGAAUGGACUUCAAACGGGCGCUGUUCCUUCAUCUGUUCCUUCAUCUGUUCCUUCAUCUGUUCCUUCCCGGUCACAAAAUGUACCAGAUGAACCACGCCCAGUGGAUUUGCCGUGUGCAGUAGACAGAUCAUAUCCCCCACCCCCACCCCCACCAAACGGACUACUUCCACAAGGCAUAACGGGUGCAUCAAGUGGGGCACACACAGGGAUACCAACCCCAUUGGGUAGAUCAUUCUCGUCCAACAGACCUGUUUCAGCUGCCGUGCCACCUCUGGCCACCUCCAGGGAAACUGGUAACAUCAGUGGGGAAGGUUUGUGUUAAGCGUAGUUUCAGUUUUUUCAAGUGUGUCAAAUAACAUCUGUUUUAAUCUCUUUAAUUAGCCAUCCUUGGUUUAUUCUUGCCUCUAUCGUUGUUUCCUAUACGACUGAACCAAUUCUUUUUUAUUUUUUUUUGUUUGUUUCCUAUCCGACUGAACCAAUUUUUUUAAAUUUUUUUUUGUUUGUUUCCUAUCCGACUGAACCAAUUUUUUUUCAGUUUAAAGCUGAAGGUAGCUUUACACUUCGCAAAAAAAAUGGUGCUUUUAGUUAGAUUAUGAGCCUGAGAUUUCUGUCGCGUGCUAGUUAAGAAGCUCGAGUCAAUUAUCAGGCAUUGAAAUGGAGAGCGAAUAAUCUGUUUGUUGUUUUGGCACACUUCCACUGGUCAUUCAAAACCUCACAACAAAAGAGGCUCGAGUUUUUUUAUUUUUUUAUUUUUAUUAUUUUGUUUACAAUCACACACUGCAAGACCGCUUACUAUCCAUCACCGAAUAGAUAGCGAACGGCGUAACCGAUCAGAUUGCAGUAUGGGUGAUAGAACAUUGGUAGAUUUAUACGAAUUUGACAUUGCUUCUUUUAAGCUGCCAAACAAUCGUCUUUAUGCCAGUAGUUGCUAAGGCUGAUGAAAUCCUUAACAAAGAAAAUGACGUAGUUAAGGUAACAAUAAAAGUUGUUCUUUUCUUUACAUAGUAGGAAUGACUGCCAUACCUGAUGAAGUGUUACUGGACGACUCCAAAGAUAUUGAGAUUAUUGACUUUAGCAGUGCAACCAAUGUGGCAGAACCUAGCGGUCCUAAAUUGCCUACGUUUGACUUGACGUCAGGUUCAUCAAAGUCGUGUAUGUUUGGGUCUGCACACCUUAACAGGCAGCCUGUAGAGAUGAAGCCAACUUUGGCGCACAGUGGAACUGGUCACAACUUCAAGACGGAAAACAGGAAUGAUUCAACUCAUUUGUUCUCAAAACGGAGUAAGUCGGCUCACGAAGAGAUUCAUCGCAUCAAACAAUUCCUUAUGGGUGAUGAAGCAAACUCCUUAACCCAUCUACCUCGGGCUGAUAACACACUUGCUAUCAAUGGGGGAAGUGUUCACAAUGUCGCUGAUCCUUGGGCCGGUUAUCCAGUUGACUCAUCGCCUGUUCUACCUGAGGUAAAUUUCCCGGAUGACGACGAUGAGUGUUCGAUGAACUAUCCCCAGGCUUUGCAGAGUGAAAUGCGUCCGCCUUAUCAACCAAACGGGUGCACUUUACCCGGGAUGGUUCAAGGCAAUGUUACGAGCACACAGUUCGUUGGAACUCAACAACCCGACGCAGAUAACUUUGUAUAUCCGUUUUUACCAGACAUGAGUAGCCUCAGCCAUGUGAAUUCUUCAAACGCCUUUGUUAACGGCAUAUCUAAGCAGGAAAUUCAUCAGAUGUCAGCAACCAUAGAUGGAUUGCCACCAUCGUUGCACAAUGGGCAGGAGUUUAAUCCAGCAUUCCGUUCCCCAGAGGGAACCCUCCCUCAGUCAUUUACGCCGAGCUACCAACAUAACCAUAAUGGACUACCCCACCCUCAAAGGGGUGCUGGUUUUAACCCAGUCGUAGAUGCUUCUUCUGCAAACCAUUUUCCUCUUGAUUUUAUGUUAAACUCCAACACCACAAGUGUACCAAGUCAAGACACUAGCCUGUGGUUUUCAUCAACUAAUGCCACUAACCUAGCUCAGAAUUUGCCCCCAAAAAUCGAAGAUAUGCCAAGCGUAGAUGAAAUUACGCCAAGCUUGUAUGCAAACACUACCAUGGCUCCUUACACUAACCCUGAACAGUUUCACAAUGGACAUCUCUCAGAAUCUGUGCAGCUAUCCGAUGCAUUUCAGCCUCCGAAUGGUAUGCACUUAAACCAGUCCGGUGUGAAUCAAUGCUUUCAAAAACAAACUUUUCAGAAAGAGCCCGGAGGUGCGAAGAAUGUGGAUCCAAAUUUACAUCAAGGUGGAAAUAGCUUACUUAGAAUGAUGCUUACCCUAUAACUAGAGAGUCUAACUUGGUUGUUUGCAUGAAAAUGGUGUGACAGGGAAAGAAAGUCCUGCUCUGUUUCUUAGCUUCGGAGAGACGCGUGACCCUUUUAUACGUUUUAGUUAACGGUUGCUUCAAUUCAAACGGGAGCUAGUAAGAGCAUUUUUCAAUUGACUGUCGAAGAACGGAAACCAAAGUUAUCAUAACAAAGAAAAACAUUAUCGUUAGCCGAUGAUAACUCAUAUUUAAUACAGGCAAACUACCCAAAGCGUGGGAAAAUGUGGGUGACCAAGCCACGACUGAUGUUGGUGUUGCGUCUGAAAGGAUGGCACGAGUUUUCUGGGCUAACCACAGAGCGAGGUAAAGCAGAACUUAAGUAAUUCCGGAUUACUUGCGACAUUCCAUUGAAAAUUGCUCUAUGUGUAAAGCAACAGAAAUACUUUAUUAUGUGAAAACGCUUACUUGGUACCAAAUAAGUCAGCGGUCGUAAAUUUUCACCCCAGCACGAACGUCGAUUAAACGACUACGCGCUACUCAGUCGAUCGGUCUGUACGUUGCUUGUCGGAUAAAAAUUUCGGGAGAAAUUCGGUCGGCACUCGGUAGCCUUUUUGUUCGUGGUGUGUUGUCGGUAACUAGUCAGCUUAAGAGUCUAAGGAGUAAGUUAAGAAGUGAAUCGAUAAAGUGACCUCAAACGUUGUAUUUAUCAGUUAAAUCUGUUUGAGGUGACUUUGGUUUGUUGGUAGAUAUUUCCUGAAUAAUCUAUGUUGGUGAAGAAAGUCGAUAGUUCAUCAAAGUUUUCAUUCGUUUGGUUGCGGUAUUUCCGCGAUCAUCGAUCGGUCAAACAUCGAGGUAUCCAUAGUUCGUCUUUAAAUUUUCGGCAACUUUUGAGCGGCUACUAGGCAGAUUACAAAUAGCUUAAUACAUUAAUACAUUUUUUAAAAGAAUAGUUUUCCCGCUUAAGAGAAAGUCUUACUUAAAGUAGAGAAUAGUGUCUUGAAUUAUUUCUUGUACUAGUUUUACAAACACGUCGUAAUAUAAUCGUAACUAAAUUGUCGUGCUACCAUACAAAUUAUUUCACAUUAGUUUGGGCCAAUUUAGAUUAUAGAAAAUAAAUUUCUUAGUAAAAGACUUCGUAAAAGUAUUUUGGUCGGGUAAAUAACAUUAGAAAGCUAAAAGCAAAUUGAAAAGCAACUAGGACAAAUGAAGAUUUAAAUGAUAUAUCGGAAUGAAAAUGACGAGUUCUAGACACUAGUAAGCCUCUGAAAUCGUAACGUAGCUACUUCUAACUUGAGGGCCUAGUAAUUCGGUGGGCGGAUGAGAUUAUACACCAAGGCCUAGUUGUUCACAGGGUGGAUAAUGCUAUCCACUGGAUAAACAUCUUUCCGGUGAUAGCGUAGUAAACUUUCUUCACAGUUAACCACUGGAUGGCGAUUUGUCCGUCGGAUAGUGCUAUCCGUCCUCUGAACAACAGGGCGCGGUUAAAUCGCACUCUAAGUAACAUUGUAGUGUGAUGUGUUGUGUUAAAAGUUGAACAUUAGCCACGCUUUGAGAAACAGUAUUCCAUUACCUGUUGUGUUGUGUGACUCAUCAGAGUAUGGGUCGGCCUAUAUUGUAUUACUAGGCAACAGUGAGGUGUUACGUUGUUGUAAUGAAAUGCCGUGGAAAGAGCGUCUUCCCCAAGAAGAGUCGCGUACCUACUACUCGGGUCGUUGUUAGAUGAACGUAAACGGCGGCCUGUUUCGUGUGUGUUUUACUCAUUAGAUUUAUAUUGGAAUUUUAUUCAUGGGACAUAGUCGGGACUUGAACAAGUGUCCCCUGAACAGAAAGGAGGCUUCAAUUUACUCAUGCCAGUUUUUUUAGGACGUAAACGGACAUCUCUGGAAUUGGUCCCUUUUCUUUUCACUCUUUAUGUGUUUCUGACGUUUUCAAAAUAAAUUCAUUGAGAAAAGACUCUUCAAUCUUGGCAUCUCUGUACAACGUUUUACAGCUAUGUCCUUAUCUGCCUAAGUAUUUUUAUACUCAUUUCUAUGUGAUGGUGUUUCUUGCCUGGAAAGUGUUUCAUUUCAUUACUUUGGGUUUUUCUCAGAAUACUCAGUCUUGUAAGUUAAUCAUUGUAACUGUAAUACGAUGUAAUCUGGAUUAUAUAAAGAGCUUAUUAUUUCUUAUGUCUAAUAAUAUAUCCACUAUAUAAGCAAUACAAUCGUGUAUUAUAUGUACAGAACUGAAUGAUGAGAUAUUACUAGCUUCCAGAAAUUAGACUCGCACCCAAUUAUUAUUUGCAUUUUUCGGACGAGAGAAUAUUGGGCGUUAUGACACCUUUUUCUUAAUAAUCUAGAUUCAAGUCUUCUCUCACUUCGAAGGCACCACUAACGACUGGGUGCGAGUCUAUCAAAGUAUGACAACCUGGCUUGAAAACCUAGUAAUUGAAGAAGCUGGCAAAUAAGAUUAUAGUUAUAAAUAAUUCUUUCGGACGAUGUGUCAUUCGUUUUAGGCGAAACUAGCGAAGAUAGAGUAACUUAACGCGUUUAGUAAUGCAUUAUUGCCGACAUACUCCGUGAUCGAUUUUGUAGAAGAAAACGGACUUAAUCCAGGUGUGAUAACAAAGUCAAGCCCCAUGAUAUUUAGCGAUGGCUUAGCAGCAGAAUUUUAAAAUUACUAGUGUUAUUUACAGCUCAGAGAACGUUUUAUUAUGACAACAGAGAAACUAUUUCUUGUGUUUAUGACAGUAAAGGUAUGGCUAAAUAUGGAUUUUAGUGCGGCUGUUUCCUUCUACUGGCGUUUACUUAUCACAUUAACUCUUAGAUCAGAUUACUAAUUCUCCCUUCUCAUUGGGAAACUUUUUCCUACAAACUAGGGCGUUGGGAAAUUUAGGUAUUUCAUUAAGAUAACACCAAUCAGCGCGUCAGCCUGCAUAUUCUCAUUACCUGAAGGCUAGGUGAUACAUCAAUCCGAGAAUAAAAUCGCGCGAAGAUGAAUUUUCAACUAUCCCUUGAAGAUAUUUGGCAGGAAUAUUCGCAAAGUUUUUAGAGGGUUUUUGAAAAUUGUCGCUAAUUGGAAGGAAACUGAAAGAAAAAACACCGCGCAAGCUAGGUCUCCUUGCGCUAGUAAAUAAUGAAACAAAAAAGGGAACGGGUGUUGCAGAAUAACAAGGGCUGGGAAAGAUGAAAUUAAAUAAAAAACGUCAGAUGAACCAUGCUCAAAUCCCUUGUAACCACUCGAUCGUGGGAGGACUGGACAAGAGAUUUGCACUCAUCAUUUGACAAUUCUUUGCAUAUUCUUGGAAAUUUCCCAGCCGAAAAAAUGUUUAAAAUCAACGCAGAUUAUCUUAGUUAAGGAAUGAGGA